GCUCUCGAAUCUCUUGAUAAAGCGCUUUCCGUGGCGAGCUCGCGCUACGGAGACACGCACCACCUAACUCAGGACACCGAGGACAGAGGACUGAGCACCUGUCCGAGACCUGAAUGAUCGCACCAGUGUUCCUUCAAGGCCUUCGAAAUGCGACGUCUUGGGAAGUAAAAUUGAAUUAGAUCACGAAAAAACAAGCCCUGCAUAUACCGUUAGGUAUCUAAAUUGGAUCAGUGCUUGUGGUGUGAAUGAACAGUUGGUGAUGGAAGGUUACCAUCUUAACAAUAGCACGCAUACUUGGGAGGCUUUGGACGAAUUCUGCUCGCUCUCACUGGGUGGCACCACCUUCCUGAUUAUGGCCUACAGCACCAUGCUAGCUGUGGGCCUGGUGGGAAACUCCUGCCUUGUCCUGGUUAUCCUGCGCCAAAAGGAGAUGCACAAUGUGACCAACAUCUUCAUUGCCAACCUUUCGUCAUCUGACAUUCUCAUGUGCCUCAUAUGCUUACCCAGCACCAUCACCUACACGUUGAUGGACAGGUGGAUUCUAGGAGUGGCUCUUUGUAAAUUGACUUCGUUUGUCCAGUGUCUGUCCAUCACUGUCUCCAUCUACACAUUGGUGCUGAUUACUUUAGAGAGGCAUCAGCUCAUCAUUCACCCUACUGGCUGGAAGCCAGUGCUUGGACACUCAUACCUGGCUGUGACUGUCACCUGGAUUAUGGGCUGCUUCAUCUCACUGCCGUUCAUUUCCUUCACUUUUGUUGAUGACUUGACCUCCCACAACCUCACUCUUCCAACGAAUCCCUCCGAUUCUCAUCUGGUCUGCACAGAAAGCUGGCCUUCAGAGGCGAACCGGCUAGCAUACACAACAUCACUGCUGGUGUUUCAAUACAUCCUGCCUCUUGCGCUCAUCAGCGUCUGCUACUUGCGAAUUUUUCUGCGCCUCAGUCAACGCAGAGACAUUAUUGAGAGGACGCGGGACGCGCGUCAACGGAAUGCUAAACAUUCAAAGCGGAUCAACGCCAUGCUCGCCUCCAUCGUGGCCCUGUUCGCACUCUGCUGGUUGCCUCUUAACGUCUUCAACACUAUUUUCGACUGGAACCAUGAAGCCGUCAUCUGGUGCCACAACGCCGUCUUUUCCAUGUGUCACCUCACAGCCAUGGCUUCCACGUGCGUUAACCCCAUCAUCUACGGCUUCCUUAACAACAACUUCCAGAAGGAGCUGAAGUCGCUGCUGUAUCAGUGCCGGUGCACGGGGGUGCCGCGGAACUAUGAAAGCUUUCCUCUGUCCACAGUCAGCACCGAUGUGACGAAAGGAUCUGUUCUCAGCAACGGCUCCGACAGCAUUGCCGUCUUACCACAACAGCAAGAGAAAGAGUGUUUGUAAAUAAGCACCUCAUGCAUAUUCAUUAGACUUAGUUACAGUUGUUGGCAUAAGCGUGUGUCUACAUUGUGCUCAGUUAUCAUUUAAAUAAACAUGACUGGUUUGUGUAUCACUAAGAAUCUUAUCCUGCAAAUUGGAUUGCAUAGCUAAGCUCAGACAUUAUCAUCAUCACCAUCCUACCGUUGAGUGUAAUUUAAAGAUUAGUAGCAAACCAGCAUUGUUUUUGACCAAACCUCAUGUUCAAAGAAUGUAUCCUUAUAAUUUGAGGGCACUGUAUAUUUACCUGUGUUACUUUCUGAACUAGAUGACAAAACUCUUAAAUUGUGGUAUUAAAAAAGUAGAUCUAGGCUUUGAACGGUUACAUUUUGCAACCGCUAGUUGCAAUAUAGAGCACCAUAUGCUAAUGUAGGUUGUAUAUUACAUGUUCCUCAGAAAUAAACACUAUAUGUAUGAUCUUUAAGACAUAUUUACAAAAAAAGGAUGGAGGAAAGGCACCUUCACAGUCAUGAGGUGAGUCAAUGCGACUGAUGGAAAUGUGUUUUCUGAAGACAGGAUAGGAACAUUAUAAAGGAAGGACAACACAGUCAAGACACGGACCGAAGAGGAUGUGUUAAUAUCGGAAAGAAAAUCUGCGGACUGAAGUUUGAACGAGUUCUCAUAACCGAUGCUAUGUUGGUUGCACAUGGGUUUUAACAUCAUAACGCAGUUCUCUGCAUAGGUCAGAUAAACAAAGCAGCUGUUGAAAAUAUUUCAGAGAGGCCUUUAAGUAAAGAAUGGAUGAAAAAUACAGUAUUUCAGUCAAACAUGUUGAAACAAAAGUCACAUUUCAAAUCUACCUUCAUUUCUUUUAAGGCUGUUUCACUUCUUUUACUUUGCACAGUGUAUGAUUCCCUAAUCUCACACACAAAUCAGUAGAUCAGUAGAUGUCUUCAAGGUGACAAGGUCAAACGUGCAGCUGAACUGCGCGAAGUUAGCGAAGCAUGCCGCUAACUGUAAUUAGAAUUUGUAAAAACAUUGUAAUUAAUAUAGACUGAUUGUUGAUACUGUAAUAACAUUCAGUACCUAAAAAUAAUAAAAGAAACAUGCUUGUUCCUGCAGUGAUAUCAAGAGCUGAGAUAAUAUGUGAAAAGCCUUAUUUAUUGAUUGAUUUUAGUGUCCCAUAUUGUAAGGUGACUAAAAUCUGAUGUUUGUUUGCGUUGUGGUCACAUUAGCUUGAAUAUUGACACUGUGGGUUGUGGUAAUGGAGCAGGAGUACUCAAGUAGUCUGGGAGACAGGAGAGAUAGCUGGAUAGCUAGUGACCAUCAACAUGUUUUAGUACAGAUUCAUUUUUCUAAUAAUGGCAACAUGCAGUGGGCCUCAAUUAUCAAUCUACUAGCAACUUCGUAUGUAACUUAAAAAUCCUCCACAGAUUUACUUACAUUUCCAUAACACUGAUUAUCUUGGAACUUGUAUGUGUAUGCUGAUAAACAUGAAUCAGAAAUCAGCCAUGGUGUUCUCGGUACAGAUGAUAUAGAUAUAGCCAUUGCUCCAAACUCAGGUAAAGCCUGGAGAGCUACAAGAAAAAUGACACAAUGGUGAUUAAUUGGUGAAAAAAAACACCUCCCAGCAUACACGAAAUCACAACCAACUCACCUCCUCACUUUCAAUAUUAGUCCCUAUUUAUUUGGUCCUAAACAAUAAAAUAAAUAAAAGGUACCUCGUUUUAUUUUAGGCUCUUGAUUUGUUUUGAAAUGCUUUCCUUUAAGACAUUAAUAUGAAAAUAGAAUACAUUUGUGCAAGGCUUUGAAACUUGACAGAAAGAUAAAUUUUUAUGUAAAAGUGCAUCAAUUCGUCAGUUCUACAGUAUGAUUCAAAGCUCACUUCUAUCUUAUACAUAUGUAAACUAAUAUUUAACUGGAUUUGCAUGAAAAACAAAUCAAUCGGUUCAUUUCCUGUUUGAUAAAUGAGGCCCCAUCGUUUCUUGUUGCUUUCAUUGGAUUCAUGACCAAAAAAUGACCCCAAAAAAAUUUCAGCUUAUUUAACAAAAAUAUUACUUUUUUCCUGUUCGGGCAAAUGAUGACUCAUAUAAAGCAAAUGAUUUCACUAUAUGGACAAAAGUUUGUGGGCAACUGAGCAUGGAAGUUGUAUGUGUUUUUUGAACAUCCCAUUCCACAUAUUUUCUCUAUUUGCUGUUAUAAUAAACUCCACACUUCAGGGAACUGAAUCAGCCACAAAAGUGUUAGUAAAGUCAAGUACUGAUACUGAUGUAGGGUGAGGAGGCCUGCGGUGCAGUCAGUGUGACAAUUCAUCACAAAUUUGUUCAAUACAUUCGAUGUGUGAUGGGUGAGGCUCUACAGCAGGCCACUCAAAAUCUUCUGCUCCAACCCAUGCAAGGCAUAUCUCCAUGGAGCGGGAUUGUCAUGCUGAAACAGGUUUUUAUAUAGGAAUUUAUAUCCUAUAAAAUUGUGUGCC